CAAUGACUCAUCAUGUGUCAUCAAUUAAGUAUCGGUUCCUUUGAUGUGAUGGUUGAUCUUGCAUCAAUUGGCCAACCUAGUAGUCUCGAGAACAUUAAUACGUAUUGAGCGAAGCAAAACAAAUGAGGAGAGAAACCAAGAUUCGUCUCUUUUUAUGUUUGUUUUUUCCUUUCUUUGUUUUUAAAUACUUUCAUCCUCUUUGUUUUCUUCUUCCUUCUUUUCUUCUCUCUUCUGCUGAAAAAAACUGCCAGGUUGGCCUUAUUUUCUUUUUUUGUUGAUUGUUUCCUUGUUCGUCCAUUGCUGGUAAUUAAGAGGAUUUUCUUCCCUGUAUAGUCUCUGUUUUUGCUUCCUUUCCCUUGCAACCUGGUUUUCUUAUUCCUUGUUUCUAUAUCCCAAUCCUUUACCUUUUCUCAUCCCUGGCAGAUCAAUCUUACUAGCUCAUUCUUGCUUCGUUGUUUCUUUGCUUCAUCUUAUUCGCUUUCCAUAUUUCUACCAAUCGUUCUCUUUCUGCUCCCUUUCCUCCUUUGUUUGCUUUUUUCUUACUUUAAUCAAUCUUCCUCUCUCCUUUUUUUCUCUCAUCUUUUGUUUCUUUUAUUUUCCUCCUCUCUGUUUUUUGUGAGCCAACUCAGUUAGUCUCGAAGUACAGAUAUCAUUCCAGAAACAUUUUUUGUUUCCUCGUCACGCUCUUCAUUAUAACUAGGUCUUUUUUGGACUUUCAAUCCCCUUCUUGAAUAACCUAUUCUGUGCCUUUUUCGUAUACGAUUGGUUCCUUCUUUGGCCUUGUGUAGUGAAGACUAGACUGCUGGUUUGACCCCUAGUCUCAAACUUCACCUAAGCUUUAUUCCUCAUUUAAAUUGGUUGAUAAUUAAUCUUUUUGUGCACGUUUUAUUUUUUACCUUUGCUAUCAUUCUCUUCGUUUGCUCUGUUGCUUAUAUCCUCUCGCAUAUCUAAUUCGGCUGUACUAUUACUUUCUUAUUAAUUGUCCUAUCUUUUAUUGUUUUAUUCUUUAUUUUUUUUGUUUGCUCACUUCUGCUUUUGUCCUUCUUGCCCAAUUCCCUUUCUUCUCUCCCAACUUUAGCUUCUUUGUCCCUUCGGGUCGUUUGUCGGCUUUACUUUACUUUUCUUGAUUUUUUUUUUCGUUUACUUGUGAUGGCUUACCUCUCCAGCAGAAAUUUUUUGGAUGCUUCUCCCUCUCUCCCUGAUCCCUCUUCUCUUUCAGCCCAACGUUCCUCUGUCCAACUUUCUUCUUGCACUCCCUCUCCUUGUUGGGAUGGUUCCUCCCUUCCUCCGCAUCCCUCUUCUCCCAGCUGCAUGACUUAUUUACCCCAACAUCCUUCGUACGACUCAUCGUCUCGCUUUUUUUCGCCGCCUUCUAUUUCUCCUUCUCAAGCUCCGUCUUCGACUCCGUGCCUCUUAAAUCAAUCGAACCCUUCUCUCACUAGGACGACUCUUCCAUCCACUUCCGUUCUUGGCGAAAAGGUUUCUUACCCCUCUAAAUUUCCGUGGCGAUGUAACCAAAUUCAUUUUCCUACAUACAGUAAUUCCAAUUCUGCGUCUCCUUCCCAUCUUUCGCCCACCAAAUCUUCAUCACCUUCUUUGUCUAGUCGAUGGUCUUUCCAGCCCUUACGUGCAAACUCAAAAUCUCAUGACCACUCCUUGGAUCUCUCUUUGGACUCUUCAUUCAAGCUUGAUUCCACGUCUUCUCAUGCACGAUAUCCAGCUUCUUUGCUUUCCCAUCCUCCUGAUACAACUUCAUCGACGCAUUCCUUUAGUCCGCAGAAAUCUUCCUUAUCUGGCACUCCUCUUCUUGAUCCUCUUUCUUCAUCAAGGUCACCUCCAGUUAAUCUGCAAGCGCUUUCCGUCCAUGACCUUCCUCUCAAGCCGAAUCCCUCUCAGCGAAAUCAUUCCAAUCAAAACAUAUCUCGAUACAAUUCUCAAAGAAAAGCUUUGAAUAAUACGCUACUUAACAAUUCGAAAUUCUCCCAACAUUCUGCUCCCAUGAAUCAUUUGCUUCGAAAUAUUAAGCCAGACCAAAGCUCUGGUAUCAAAUGUGCUUCCCCUUCCUUUUCCUUUGAAGAAUCUGACUGCUCCCUAACGCCUACCUCUUUGCCUCGUAGCGUUCCCAAUUCUCCUAUUGAAAGCGACUCUAUCCAGACCCCUAGUCUUUGUUCAUCCUCUGAGUCACUUUGCCUUUAUCCAGAACCAAAGGUGAGCAAUUGUUCCCUUCCUUCUUGUCUAAAAUGCAAGAAUUCUCAGUUUUUUCCUCAACUGCCUACUCCUACUGUUCCAUCAUUCAAUGAAUUAAGUCCAAAUACCAGUAUGACAAGUUCCGACCCCUCAUUUGAUUUGAAGCUUGGACAUCAUGAGACAGGACAGAAAUAUCUUUACCGAAAAAGUAUAGCUAAACCAGCAGUCUCUAGAAGUGCAAGUGAUUUAACUUCUACUGAUGAAAAUCUACAGCCUAACAGGCAACGCGGAAAAUAUACGAAUCCUGAGAAUUACAGAUCUAAUUCAAAAAAGAAGUAUUCUUUGAGCAAACUAAAAGAUACUGAAUUUCCCUCCCUUAACGAAACGUUAGGUCGAAUUCCAUCUAUUUGCAAAGACCAACAUGGCUGCCGCUAUCUGCAAAAGCUUUUGGAUGAGAACCCAAAAGCCAACGCUUCUUUAGUUUAUCACGAAGUUGUGUCUUCUAUUGUAGAACUCAUGAAGGAUCCCUUUGGUAACUAUAUGUGUCAAAAACUUUUUGUUUAUGCCUACCGAGAGCAAAAGCUAGCAAUUCUAAAAGGUAUUGGAAAAGAUGUGGUUGGUAUUUGUUCUGAUCUUCAUGGUACGCGGGCUAUGCAGAACAUUAUUGAUAAGCUCACAUCAAAUGAGCAAAUUUCUUUAUUAAUGCGAAUCUUAACGCCGUCAUUGGUAGAACUAGCUUGUGAUGGGAACGGCAAUCAUGUUUUACAAAAAUGCAUUGAUAAGUUUUUACCUGAAAAAUUGGAACUUUUGUUCUUUUCUAUAAAACGCCAUGUUUUAAAAUUGGCAACGCAUAGACAUGGGUGCUGCGUUCUUCAACGUAGCUUGGAUGCCACAAAAGGUUUAAUGAAAAGUCAACUUAUUGAAGAGAUUAUAUACCACGCUCUGUUCUUAGUCCAAGAUCCUUACGGAAAUUAUGUAAUUCAGCAUAUUUUAGAAAUGAACGUCGAGCAAUAUAGUGAAAGUAUAUCACAACAAUUUCAAGGUCAUAUAUGUGAGUUGUCUUUACAGAAGUUUAGCUCCAAUGCUGUCGAAGACUGUAUUCGUACUGCUUCCCCGUCUACCCGCAGGUGGUUAUUGGAUGAGUUUUUGUCUUAUCCUAAGAUUGAGGAUUUGUUAAAUGAUAGCUAUGCAAACUAUGUGAUGCAAAGCUUUUUGAUGCAUUCGAAUGAUGAAGAGAGGGAAAAAAUUGUUCAAUUAUUAGUACCUCUAUUACCUAAAAUUUCGGCUUCCAACCAUGGGCGCCAUAUUAUUGGAAAAAUAACUGAAUAUGCAAGAUCCUAAGGGAAGACAUUACUCACUUUCUAAUUUUCCUUUGUUAAUUAAUUUGAUUCGAAGAUGAUUGUCUAAAGGGACGUUUUCGCCUUAAUGGAGUUAAUGAUGUAUAAUAUUUACGUCCACUCAUAUAACUAAAAUUUAAAGUUUUUUGUGUGUAUUUUUGGUUUGAUUUUAUGUUUGGACAUCAAUUAUUGGUACCAAAGAUUUAAUUACUUUUGCUGGAAAGAAGGAUAUGAAUUCUUCGAUUAUCCGUUUUGAUUUUUUGUAACACUUUACUAAUCUUUUCUUAAUUCUCUAAAUAUAAUCUUUUAAUUCUGCAUUCUA